AUGAAACCUUCUAAGAAUAAAUAUACUAUUAACUCUCCUAAACAGACUUUCGUUAAUGGAAAUAUCAACCAAUUUGUGUUGGAUAAAAUACAAACCUUCCUCCUUGAAUUUAUAUCAAGUUUAAAUUGUAUCACAACAAACAAAAAAUUUGUUGGAACAUCUAUGUUUAUUCGAGACCAUUCAUUAACAAAAAUUGCUCAAGUUUUUAUGGUAUUAAAAGUUAUUCAAGAAGCAACUCUUCUAAACAUUUCUGUAACGAAGAGACAUAUUUAUUAUCUAGAUAAAAAUCUCUUUAAACAUCAAAGAGUUGUUGAUGAAAUUGUGAAAAAAUUGUCUGAGAGGGUAUUUCAUUUACCUAAAGAAGAUUUUCACGUCGUUGCAGCUCAAAAAUCUUUUUUUUGCGGCAAUAUAACAAUAGUCAGAGAGACGAAAACUACACAAAUAACAUCAGAGAAAGAAACAAUAAUUCCUUUAAUUUCAACUAUGAAAAAUACUCAAAUAAAAACUACAGCUACCCACAUUUUGAUAAUAGAAAAAUAUACUGUCUUCAGUCAAAUUAUAAAAACAAGUUGGUUCUCUAUGAAUAAAAAUAAUAUUCUUAUUAUUACUGCAUGUGGCUUUCCUGACUCUGCAACCAAAUACUUCAUUAAUUUAUUAAUCUCUUCAAAUCAACAAAUUAAAUUAUAUUGUAUGGUUGAUUUCGACCCUUUCGGACUAGAUAUUUUUAAUAAUUACAUUAGGCUAGACAGAGAAUAUCCUAUUCUAUCACCAAUUCGGUUAUUGUUUUUUAAUUACAUUCAGCAGUCUAUUAACAAUAUUCCAUCUUCUUCAAAAAUCCCACUUUCCUUAAUUGAUCAGAAGAAGGUUUGUUUUGUUAAUUAA